AUGCUGAUUGGUAUUACGCUCGUGGUUGAUGAGGAGCUGGUUGCCACUGAAUUAGUCUUCGUUAUGAAGACUGUCACGGGUCCUAGAGGGAAAUGCGAAAGCGUUAUAGUCGAGGUGGAAAUCGCGUCGUCCUCUCUGCUACUGCUGCUGGGUCGUAAUACGCGAGCGGCAGCAGGAGGAGGAGGAGGAGGCGUGAGUGAUGGAGUGGAGGAUGAAGGAGGAACGAAAUGGGCGCAGGAGCGGACGGGUAGCGGCAUUAUUCACAGCAUGAAGCUGAAGUUGAUCGUUCACCAAUGCCUGCAAUGUGCGCUUUCGGCCGCCGUAGAAUACCUGAAGCCUGAAGGGAGCAAGGCACCAGGCCAACUUGCUUUUCGCUUUUCGGCUGUGGCGAAGGACCACGGGCUACGGGCUGCGGACACGACACCUCAGGAAUACAUGUAUCCACUUUUCUUCUUCAACCCGUACUGUGCUGUGCUGUGCUCGAAAUUGCUUUCCUUCGUGCAUGCCGCACCCCUAGACACGCCCUCCAUCGCCUGCUGGACCCGUGCAUCCCCCUUCGACACGCAAACACCGCCGCUUCUCCGCUCCGGCACUCCUUCGCCUGCCCACCCGCAUCAGAGCCCGGCCUUCCGCAGCGCGGCGGGCUGUGAGCGCUCGGUGGUAGCGCCAGCCAGCUUCUACCAGGCCCGGAGAAGAGCAGGAGCAGUAGCGGCGGCUGCUGGUAAAUCUUUGGAAAACGCCCAAGUGGGCAGACCAGAGUACGGGCAGUGUGACGCCCACGCGCUUCCACCCAACAGUCUUUCCGCACCGAGCAGCGUCGCGCCGAACGUGAUGGCUGCUUCUAUCCAAAGCCCGAGCGGCUUUUCCUAUGCACAGGCCGCAAAGGGUCAUGCCUCGACGGCAACCUCGCAGACUCCCUCGAGUAAAGUCAAUUCGGGCACUGCGACACCCGCGACUGGCAACUUCUCCGAGCUUGGGCCAAAUGGCAACUGGGCAGAUGAUGUGGAGGCUAGUGUUGGCGAGAAGCUUGAAUCGCGAAAGGCUGCUCAGGAGUCGGCCAAGAGUGUGCCAGCAAAGGACAGCGCAGUUGAGCGCACCAAAGUUGAAAGCAAGGUCGUGAAUGGCACUUCAGGAGUGUCGUCCCCAGAGCCGGCUGUCGCAUCAAGCACCAGUAAUACUGAUGACUCGUCGGUGCCCAACACUACCACUUCAUCAGAGACUACGUGGGAGACCAAGUCGCAAAAUUCUGAGCCUUCGUGGAUAGCAGAGCGGAAGGAGCGUCAGAACCACGACAAGACUGAGAAGUCUGACGAGCGUUCUUCACGGAAGAGUGGUAAGAAGGGUGACAAGGACGCCAAGGAGGCAUCCACACCAAAGCCUGAGCCAAAGCUGGUCGUCCUUACAGAAUCCACACCACCUGCAGUCAAUCCGUGGGCCAGACGCGCGGAAGAGCAGAAAGCCAGAGCAGUGUCACUUCCUCAGCCAUCGAAACCAUCUCCUGUUGCAUCUCCGGCGCCAGCCAACAAGGAGAACCAAAAGCCUCAAGCAGAUGCGAGAAAGAAGGCCAACUCAGUCACUAGCAUUGCGCGGGAAGUCGACCAGCCCUCCGCGACUGAGACCAAGAAGCCGCAAGGUAAGCGUGCCAACGUGCGCACUAAUGUUCGUCAGAACUCAAAAACGACUACAGAAACUGCCCGCACCGACUCUACACCACCGGUACCGCGUGCUGCUCAGCGUGAAGCUCAGAGUCUGCCAAACUUGACCGCAGUACCACCCCCUGUGAAGGAUGAGAUUUCGUGGCCAACUCCUGACAAGGCUGACAAGGCCGAGGAUAAGGAUCGCAAAGAGCGUCCAGCUGAAAAGGAGAUCGAGAGUACUGGAGACGCUGAUGCAGCCGAGGCAAAGCCUCGCGAGAAGACGAAGUGGACCCCAUAUGCAGUCACUCCGAAUAUUGUCUGGGAGACUGAGGAGAUGAAUCGUCCACGAGGCUCUGGUGAGCGAGGUGGACGUGGUGGUGCAUCAACCCGCGGUCGUGGUGGUCUCCGUGGAGGACCCAACGGCUCCAAGGGUGAUCGUAAUGCUCCAAGAAAGGAAGGCUCACAAAGUGAGACCGAUGCUGGCAAAGAGACAAGCUCGCGUGAUCGUUCGGAUGUGGCCGAACGUGAGUCUAUGCCACCACCACCCAAGCCCACCCGUCAAUCUGCGGCAGAUGCAUCUCGAGAUGGAAGCCGUACACGUGCUCAAAACCAGGCCAAGAACUCAACACAUUCGAUCUCUGGUGGCGAGGGCAUCGCGCCCUCCCAGAAAGUGACUGAGACAUAUCGCACCAAGUCACCGGAAAAUCUUGAAGCACGGGACGUGAAGAUUCCCGAGCCCAUCCCACGACAGGGCAGCGAUGCCGAGACCACUCGCGAGGCCGUCGAUACCGCACGAGAAUCCUCGAAGAAGCUGUCUGCCGAUAGCAAGAAGGAAUCUCGAAGCUUCGACCAAAGAGAGUGGAACGGAGCACCACGAGGAGGGAAACGUAAUGGCCGUGGCCGGGGUGGCUCGCGAGAAUAUACGAAUGGUCAUCAAGCAGCCCAAGCAUUCGUUAAUGGCCACGCUGACCUUACCGCUGCCUUUGGUGUUCCUGCAUCCUACCAGUCUGGUCGUGGUGUCUUUGGAUUCAGCCAGCAAGGUCGCGGCAGCUGGCGUGGCAGUGGUCCACGCUCGCAAUCCAUUCCUAUUGACAAUACCUUUCCGCAACGCUUUGCGACUUAUGGUCCUGCAGCUCAGCUGCCACCAGUGCAGACAUAUUAUCCGGGCAUGUAUGACUUCGGUGGCGUUCCAAUGACCGCCAUGCCAUACCCACCAUACAUUGAUCACACCUACUUGAUGGACAUGGUUAGCACUCAGCUUGAGUACUAUUUCUCCAUCGACAACUUGUUGAAAGAUAUGUUUCUACGCAAGAACAUGGAUUCGCAGGGUUAUGUCUUUCUUGACAUCAUUGCCAACUUCAACCGCAUCAAGCAUCUCACACAGGACAAGGAAUUACUCAAAGCUGUUUGCUUGAAAUCCGACAACAUUGAUAUCAGAUAUGGUGUUGACGACGGCAAACUGCGCCUCCGCAAACGAGAGGGCUGGGACCAGUUCCUGCUGCCAAAGGAGCAGCGCGACGUAUCGGUACAGAAUGACGACCCGCAAGAGCUUCGCCGCCCUGAGGUGCCGCAACAGCUGUUUGUUGCGCCGCCUCCACCAUACCGGGGACCACUGUCUGCAGGUGUGCCAGAUGCACAACAUCGGAGGUCUUUCGAUCCAGGCUAUGCUGUGAACGGCUCCCAAUACCACCCAUUCUCCCUUCUCGGGGAACAGUACGGCGAGCUCACUAAUGGCGACGAUCAUCGAGGCCGUGCUACGAAGUCACCUAUCCGCGAGAACAGUGUCUCUCCUGGCCAGUCGUUCGUCGGUGCUUCGGGCCAUGCUCAUCAUGAGCCGGACGUGUUUCCAGACGAUCAGAUGCACAUAUUGACUGUAGUGGUCAAGCCCAGCUCGGCGAAACAACCCCACGCUUCACGGACAUUCUCCAAUGGAUCAAUAGAUACACGCAGCAUUUUCACCGAGAUGGAGAAGUCAAACGAUGAAGGAGCGAAGCCAAAGACAAAUGGUGAACCUCUUGUCAACGGUAGCAGCAGCCCAAGCAUCAGUCGACAUGCCAGCCCAAGCCACGAUCGUUCUCCCGAGAAGAGCAAUGGCAAGGGUUACACACUUCUAUGGAUCAAGGAUAAGGAGAUUCCUACAGAACAGUAUCCAGAGAACUCGACCCACGAGCCAUAUCACGCACUCCGAGUGAGGGCACUCUCCCAGCGGGAAGAAGCUGCGACUGGUACUUGUCCCUAUGAUCUUGACGUGCUGUACCAAUUCUGGUCCCACUUCUUGAUCCGCAACUUCAACAACAAAGUCUAUGGAGAAUUCAAAUUCUUUGCGAACAACGACGCACAAGAACGUCACAACGACACGGGCUUGCAAAAUCUUGUCCAAUUCUACGCGAAAGCUCUCUCCAGCCCCAGUCCUAUCCGAGAGCACGUAGUCAAGGACUACGUUGAAUUGGUCAAAAACGAACCUGCAAUUCUUCAAGGUGCCGCUUUCAAGCAACUACGACAGGCCUAUCGUGACGGGGCGUUGAAUGUCAAGAACCGCAAGAAGUUGACCGACCUUCUCGACCAGGAUAUGAAAGACCGACUGGACGCAUGAGGCCUCAUCAUUCAUUGCUGGGUACCUUAUACCUAUCAUUUCAUGGCUGAGUGGAGAUCUCACAGCAAAAAAGGGGUUUGUCCGUGGUCUGCCAAGUCCUUACGGCUUUGGCUCGCUGUCACCAAAGUACAAGUCUCAAUAAUUACAGCUCCGCGACGACACCCGAGCUCUCUCGACACGUCUGCCACUACUCCGCGAUUGUCGAUGUCUUUGCCAAGCGGAUGUGGCAUAUUUUUUGGCUUAGGAAGUCCGGCGUUAGCGGGGACCCUCGGAUUAUUUGGACUUGGUUGCAUACCUUUCUGACAGAAAACAAAAGCAUGAGUUACCAUACGGACCUUUUCGAUUGACGGAUCAUCACCGCAUGCAUAGGCCACGAGGCGGCGAGGUGCUGGAAGGGGCGUUAUGGAUUGGUUCGCGUGAGAUAUGUUGAUGGAUGUGGCUUUUUUCUCAAGGACGUUCAAGCGAUGAUGUUUGUGCCAUGCAGAGGAUCAGAUGUAUUGCUCUUUCUUCUCUCAUCGCAAGCUUCGCAGCCCGCCGUCUACGGUAGGGCAUUGAUGCGCUAUCGAAUGCAUUUCGCGUCGGGGCGAGCUUGCGUUGUGUUUACAUGAUUAUGCAAAUAGGUUUAGCAGCGUAGCAGCGACCUGGCUGAGAAAAACACUACUCUAAAUGUCCGGCAAG